UUUUAUUCCCGUUUCGGAGAAGUCUGCGCGGCCUGUGCGGGUGCUCGCUGUGCCGCUGCCGUUCUGCUGCCGCCGUCAGCUCGUCGUCGGCGCUCCGAGUUCGCGCGCGUCGUUGGAUCAUGCGAGUGCAGCGGAACCGAACGGAUGUCUUGUGUUUGUUCAGUGCGGUGUCGAGAAGCGUCGAGUGCCGUCUGUGAAUGUGCCGUGGGAGUGCCUAAUAGCCGGCUGUGAACUUUCUUUUCUUGUGUGUGUGCCCUGCCCCCCAACUACCGCGUCCGAGUGGAUUUGAGAGAGAGGGAGUGGACGAGGAGUCGCGGCGACAAAACAACAUGGGCAUCGGCGCGAGCACCCCGCGCAAGGAUCCGCCCAGGUCGAACAUGGUUCGACUUCACACUGUGGAUAAUGCCAAGCUCCCCAUGCCGGAACCGCCGGAGCUGGAGCGACGCUUCACCAAAGUUCUGAAUUCGAUGGAUCUGCCACCUGACAAAGCUAAAUUGCUCAAGCAGUAUGAUGACGAGAAAAAAUGGGACAUGAUUUGCGAUCAAGAAAAAGUGAUCGCAAAAGAACCCCCCUCCUUUUACUUACGUAAAUUAAAGACCUACCUUGAUCCCCGAGCUUCCAGGAGUGCCAAGGUAAAUAAUCAAAUGGUGUACGAUGCCGUUUCGACAUUAUUGUUACCCAUACAGAGAAGACGAAUGUUGGGAGACUCUAAAUCCACUCAGGUCCUACGGGACCUAGAGAUCUCGUUGAGGACAAAUAACAUUGAGUGGGUGAGAGAAUUUCUCGACGAACAGAACAAAGGGCUCGAAGUGCUCAUUGACUACCUGACGUUCCAGCUCGGAUUCCUGAGGUACGACCGUGAGGCCGCGAUGUCUUCCACGGCUUCCGAGAACGGAUACGCGGCGAGUCCGGUCAACUGCCGCAAGUCUAUUCUGGAGGCUGACACGCCGCGCCUGAAACGUGCUUCGCGCCAUGCGGCCAAGCUGCACAUGGGCGAGGCGGAGGACGACAUUCAUGUCUGCAUCAUGUGCCUGCGGGCCAUCAUGAACAACAAGUUUGGCUUCAACAUGGUGAUUGAACACACUCAAGCAAUAAACUCUAUAGCCCUGAGUUUAAACCACAAGAGCUUACGAACGAAAGCCCUGGUGCUGGAACUGCUGGCUGCCAUCUGCCUCGUGAAAGGUGGACACCAGAUCAUCCUUAAUGCUUUUGACAACUUCAAGACUGCAUGCUGUGAACCGCGGAGGUUCAAGACACUCAUGGAUGAUUUCCGAGACUACGAGACAUUUAAUAUUGAUUUCAUGGUUGCCUGUAUGCAGUUCAUCAACAUUGUUGUUCACUCAGUUGACGACAUGAACUUUCGGGUGCACCUUCAGUAUGAAUUCACCUUUUUGGGUUUGGAUGAGUAUCUAGAAAGAUUACGCUCAACUGAGAGCGAGGAGCUUAAAGUGCAGAUCUCAGCAUAUCUUGACAAUGUCUUUGACGUGCACGCCCUUAUGGAGGACUCUGAGACCAAGAGUGCUGCCAUAGACCGGGUCACCGAGUUAGAAGCCCAGAUUUCACGGGCACAUGAGCUUGAAAAUGAGAUGAUGGCAAAGCUAGUGGAGCUUGAAACACAACUACAAAUUCUUGACAAAGAAAAUCGGGAGUUAAUAGAAUCGCAAAAACAGACGAGUGAAGAACUCAACACGUUGCGCAAGGCGGUCUCCGAAAAGGAGGAGGAGAAACGGCAGCGGGAGAGUUUUCUUGAAGGCAAGAUCCAGGAGCUCGAGAGUCUCACUGGAACAUUACCCAGAGGUUCCUCAGCCAGCUCGCUCCACAGUGGCACCGGUCUGCCCGGAGUGCCUCCUCCGCCCCCACCACCACCACCACCCAUGGCUGGUUUGCCGCCACCUCCACCACCGCCGCCACCGCCACCCCCGCCAGGAAGCAAUGCCAUUCCCGUGCCACCUCCCAUGGUGCCUCCCCUCAAAGGAGGCAUUCUUGCACCUCCACCGCCUCCUGGCAGUAUGCAAGCGCCACCCGACGCGAUGACAAUCAAGCGCAAGUUCCAGACCAAGUACAAGCUUCCUACACUCAACUGGAUUGCCUUGAAGCCAAAUCAAGUCAGGGGAACUGUGUUCAGUGAACUGGACGAGGACAAACUGUACAGUGUUAUUGACUUCGCACGUUUUGAAGAACAGUUCAAGCUGGGUGUACAGGGUGCCUUUCCCGACCGAAGUGAUGACAUCAAUAACAGCAAGCGUUUUAAGGUUCCUGAGAAGGUGACGCUGUUGGAGCACAACCGGUUACGCAACAUGGCCAUCUCCAGGCGCAAGAUUGAGCUGGCCACAGAUGUUGUAGUCAGGGCUGUCAAUAGCCUUGACCUCAAGACCAUCUCGCAGGACUGCGUCGACAUUCUUCUACGCAUGGUGCCCAACGAUGCUGAGACGAAAGCGUAUCGAGAAUACGAACGAGAGAAGAAGCCUGUGGACGCUCUCACAGAUGAAGACAAGUUCCUGCUUCAACUGACAAAAAUAGAGAGGUUAUCACAGAAGUUGAACAUCAUGAGUUACAUUGCAUCCUUUGCGGAAAACAUCCAAAUCAUCACACCGCAAGUGCACGCAAUAACAGCGGCGUCUCGAGCAAUCAAGAACUCAAAGCGACUACGAAAGCUUCUCGAGGUGAUUCUCGCUUUUGGGAACUACAUGAACAGCUCGAAGAGAGGCCCUGCGUAUGGGUUCAAACUACAGAGUCUUGACAUGCUUGCAGACACAAAGACAGCCGACAGGAAGAUCUCUCUCCUGCACUACAUUGUCGAGACAGUCAGCAGCAAGUUUCCUGACCUUAUGGGCUUUGAUCAGGAACUGCGGUUCGUCGAGCGUGCAUGCACGGUGACGCUUGAAAACAUCCUGACGGACAGCCACGAGCUGGAGAAGGGCAUGGAUCUGUGCAAACGAGAGCUGGCAUUGCGGCGGGACUCAAAGGACGCAGCCGUGCUGCAGGAGUUUCUGGCACAGUCCGAGGACAAGCUCCGUCGGCUGCAGCAGGACAUCAAAACAGCUCAGGAAGCUUACGCUGACUGUGUGGAGUACUUUGGGGAAAGUGCACGGAGUGUUGCUACCAACAUCUUUUUCUCCAUGUUCGUUCGUUUCAUCAAGGCAUUCAAGCAGGCCGAUCAAGAGAACGAAACUAGGAAGAAGAUGGAGGUGGCGGCCCAGGAAGCGCUCAAGAAGCCACCCCAGGAGUCCAUUCAGAAGAAGAACCUACUCAACGCCAAGAAGAGCACCCAGGAUGCUGUGAUAAAUGAACUGAAGAACAAAACUCGGUUGGUGAAUGAGAAACGCUUGCUGAAGCAGGACGAAGUCUACAAUGGAGCUCUUGAAGACAUUCUUCUUGGUCUCAAGAACGAACCAUACCGUCGAGCAGACGCUGUGCGCAGGAGUCAGCGGCGGAAACAGGAGAAUGUACGGCUAUCACGCACGAUGGAAGAGAUGGAGCUCUAGCUGCUUCCACCUGGUGAUAAGAGUGCAAGAGAGCUGUGCAUGUCCUGGAGUGCCUUUCUCCCUCAUCCCUACAGGCCCACUCGCAAUAGUGGCAAGCCUGUUCCUCUUCGACGACACCUCUGUGUACAGCAUGCAUGUGCAAUUUGCGGAGCAAAUUCGCUUUAGUGACUCGUUACCUUGUAAAUAUAAGCCGUUGGAUCGAUAGCACUCCAGCACAAGUUGGAGACGCAUGGACACAAACAGUGGUACUACUACCAGCAUCGAGUCAAGUGGAUGCUGCAGGUGCUUCGCAGCUGCGUCUCAUUUGCAACUUCCUUCUCAGCCGAAGCCAGUGUGGCUGCAAAGUGUGUCUGGUCCUCCCUCACGGUCACACGACAACAGUGUGUGCAGUCGGGAGUGUGAAGGUGCUGCUUUUGUGCUCGCUUCAUCGCUGGUGCGCUCGACGGCAGCGCUUCAGGUCCGCAGGGGUUUGUCAUGGCCCGAGCGGUGUCGUCUUCUCGGUGCUUAGAUGGAUGUUGAAAGAGACUGCACAUGCUUUCCGUGGCUGUGCUUCGUUUUGCUUUUUUUUUUUUUUUGUACAUUUGUUUUAUGUGUGUCUGCCAUUGCUGGUCAUUCAUGUCCUGCGAUGUCUUCGGUGCAAAGACAGAGCCACGUGUGUUUUUGUUUGUUUGCGCUUCUGGUCAUUCACGGGGAAUUCCCCAAUAUUGUCCUCCUUUGAGCCCUGUGUGCUGCCCUGACGUAUAUAUUGCAUGCAGUGAGCGACUGCGUUGUUAGUGUCUCCAUCUCCUCUGUCUUCUUUGUUUAUGGAGAUUUAGUCGCGUUUGCUUGUCGCUGAAGGUAAUCCUGUCAAUUAUGGUUGUUUUGCAAUAAUAUAUACAUAUAUACAUAUAUAUUAUAUAUACAUAUAUACAUAUACAAAUGACAGUGUUGACAAAGCAACAGUUUUAGCUCUUUUGGCUCCGCUGCCUACCUUUCUUCUAUUUCUUGAACUUCCAUCCAGAGAUGCUGCAGAAAACGAAUUUUCAUCACCUCAAUGAAUUUUUUUUACUGUCUCCUUUUACAUAUGAUGACACAACUAGCCUGGAAUGCAAUCUGUCUGAAAGUAAACAGCAGUUACUAGGCUAGCAGUUCCUAGCAGCACAAGAUGAUUGAAAAUACUGUUAGAAGUGGUGGACAUCAAUGCAUACAUAUGAAGCACAGUCAUGAAAUGCAGUGCACGUGUGGGGGCUUUAGCUGUAUUUGCUCAUGUAGUGUCUCAGUUUGUCUAGUAGAAGCUGAAAUUUACUUCCCUAAGCUUGGGUGCUUAGUUUGCUGCACAGCUAACUGUUCGUUCUUAAGUUUAAUAAUUUUACAGAUUGCUGAACAUUUGGGCACUAUGCUUGUUUAUAGAUAUGCAGCGACAAAAAAACAGCAUGUAACAUAUAAUGUAACACGCCCCUGUGUCUCCCUCACCUACUCUUUUGUAGCUCUUCGCUUCUAAAUGCAGCUUUGGAAGCUAAAGUCAUUCACUAAAGGAUCCUGCUUUAGUGCUGUACUUAAUGAGCGUGCCACUGAAAACAUGUUCACUCAGCGUCACCUUAAUGCAGGUAUGUUUCCAUAAAUCAAUGUCUUUAAAGUACAGUGUAGACCGCUUAUAACGUAAGUCGCCAGAGUCGCGAAUAUCUGCACUAUAAGCGGUACCGCACUAUAACCAAAACAACGAUUUUCAAGCCCUGCACGUAUGCAAAACAUGUAGACCAAACGUGUAGACACACUUUGUACUAACGCGCGCACAUCGCGAUUACGUUUUCGAGCUGGCAAAGACAUAAUCUCGAUGUAGCCGGUGCUCUUCAAGAUCGACAGCUUGCGGCAAACAGCUCGACUGUUUGCCGCAACCACUGCGGAAAAAACCGUGACCGCUAUCGACGCCAUUAUGAACGGCGACUUUGCGGUGCUGAAGGCACGCGCCCGACGCACGCACCGAAUUUGGACGAAUUAACUGCCAUUCGCUGCAACAACAGCAGUCGAAACCGCGGUCGUUAUCUAUGCGAUCAUCGAUGGCGACUACGCAGUUUUUUAGGCAUGCGGCCGACGCGCGUACCGAGUAAAAACGAAACUAUAUACUGUUCGCCGCAACCGCUGUGGAGAAAACUGCGGUCGUGGAUGACGACUACGCAGUUACAAAAGCCCGCGGCCAACGCGGUGUUAUGCGACACAAAUAGGCUCGAAGUGUUCCGGCAUUGCUGUCAUCCACGUACGAUUUCAACUGAUGGCUGUGGUGAUACGGACUCCACCGCUUCGUUUGGGUUGGACGCUAGCGCCGUUCUUGCUCUUUUGCGUCGCACAUUAGCGGCGCUCCUCGCUCACCGAGCUUCGAAAGUAGUCCGAAUUAACCAAUGUGCGGCCAAACGCACCUUGUUGAGAAGCAUGCUCGCUGCCGUCCUUGUCGGCGAGAUUUUCCCGCGGAAGCCGCAUUAUAACCGGUAUUUUGUCUCAUGCGGCUGCACUGUAAGCGGUAUGCGUAUACAUGGAGUUCUAUGGGAGGGUAAACGGGAGUCGGAAAAGGCCGCGUUGUAGCCAGUUCUGCAGUAUAAACUGUUACGUUAUAAGUGGUCUAUACUGUACUUUUAAAUGAACAUUAAGUUGAAAGAAGCCCUAGGACUUGGGGAGUGAAUGGCAUGAACCCAUUGAGAUAGUAAACUCAGGUUAAUAUUGGAGUGUCUCGAGCAAACAUUCUUAAUGUGUCAGGAUAUUGAACACAGUAAUUUUACAAGCUAUUUGUGUACAUAUUCUUGAAACACGUACUUUUCCUAGCGUCAAGCACUGUCAGUGGCAUUGAGCGUUUCACCUGUUGAUGUUUAUGAAUACAGGCGCACAUUAGUGAGUUUAUGAGUGUGACAUUGUCUAUAAGCUGCAGAAUGCACCAUGACCACACCCUGUUCUUGACGUAAAAUAUUAAGUACUGCCCACAUGCAUCAUUGCCGAGCUGUGUUAUGUGGACAUGCCUUUUUAAAGUUUUAGCAUUUCCCCGAGUGUGUGUGUGCGUGUGUGUAUAGUUGUUACAUUCUGUGCUUAAUUGCAAUGAAUAAUAGAAGCAUCGUUUUCUCAAACCCAUGCUGGUGACAUUCAUGCCAGGAUCGUAGGGUUGGAGCCCUGUUGUAUUUAGCUGCAUAUAAUUGUAAUGCAGUUAUUGGUAGCACCUCUGAUAAAAAAAAAAAAAAACUUUUACGUCCUUCACGCUGUCAUUGGGCAUGCAUGUAUUACCAUAAAAGCAUCAGCCAAGGGACCAAACAUUCAUCAUCCCAUGAAGAAAACAAAGUUUGAACAGGCAAUCCAGAAUGUCCUAAGGAGACAUUCAACGGCGAAGGUGCAUCAAUUUUACAAAGGUGUGGGUACCUAUAGCCUGAACUCCAGCUCACAGACAUUGUCGUAUUCAAGACCCUUUUUGCCGGUUUGAUGGGACGUCCGCACCGAGUGCCACUUGCAAUCUCUAGCAGGAAUCAGGAAUGCGGCAGUGUUCAGGCGCUUAUACUGUUCUGUAGCAGAAAUGAAUGAACCAGCUGUUUCCUCUGCUGGCAGAAAUGGCUGCCAUGUUGUCCGGACCUUAACAUAAAAGAUUCUUGUAGGGUGUUUUCUUUUGUACAUUGCUGAGAUGUCUAUUAAAAAGAAUGUUUUUAUGACUGCA